GAAGCGACGCGACAGCCAAUCAACGGGCAAGCUCGUUAGAGAGAGAGAUAUAUAGAUAGAUAGAAAGAGAGACACACACAAAAGACUGAUGCAACAAGUUUAAUUAAAAAGAACAGACCUUAUUUUAUUUUGUACAACAGCCUUUAACUGUUUAACUGUGCAUACAAUAUAAACCGUGACCAUGUGCUCCGCGUCUGAAUGUGUGCCGGUUUUUCAUUAUUACGAAUGUUACGAAUCGACAAUAUCAAUAAAGCAAAUGUAAAUAUCGUGGAGACGACAGUAAGGAUAUCGAGUUUGAAGUACAUUAAGUAAUCAUUUGUUUUUAAGUCCUAUCCUCUGUCUCGUGUGUAAUCGUUAUUGUACCCGACGAACGUAACAUAAACAAUGACCCUCCUAUAAGAGACUUACAAUUAUUUGCUGAAUAAUAAACUUUGAAGUAUGAAUUGUAUUGUAACAAUGUUCAAAAAUCUGAAUCAUGAAACAAAAUUAUCUACAGCUGGAUAAAACAUCAAUUUUUAUUAUUGAUCGAAACAAUUUCAAUGCUAUCAAACUUAAUUUCAAUGUUGAAACUCCAGUUAGAUAAGGAAAAAAAUGUCUUUAAAAUUAUUGAUGCGUGCUUUGACUGCGGAAAAAUAUGAUAAAUUUCGGAUGUUUUAUCAUCGUUUGUAUUCUACUAGUAACAUAAAUAAUCCAAUACCUGGGAUAUCUUUAUUUCAAAUAAAACAAAUUUUGAAACAAAAGCAUAUUGCCACUGUUGAAGGACAUGCAUGUAUAGUUAUCGAGUGUCCUAUAUGUGAUUCUGAAAAAUCUAAAAAGGCAAAAGUUUAUGUUAAUAAGACAACAGGAUACUUUAUAUGUGAUAAAUGCAAUUCUAAAGGAGAAUGGAAUAUAUUGGAGAAAUUUUUAUCAUUAAUAAAAUCAAACAAAACGAAUAGUGUACAAGAAGAAUUGGAAACUUUGAGGAAUAUUAUAAAAGUUCAUGACAAUUAUGCUUUAAAAUGGAAUAAUAUAAUAGAAUCUAAUCAGCAAAUUGGAGAUUUAUCAUCAGAGUCGUAUGAAAGAAUUUUGAAUAUAUUUUCUCUUCCAAGAAUUUCACAAGAGGACAUCUUGCAGUUAAAUGGUGUAUAUGCAGCUACACCAGCAUUAUUAUAUUUCCCAUUAAUUGCUUUUGGUAAUGUUAUGGGUUAUAAAACUCUUUCUAGUAAAUCAGAAUUAGAACAAACUGAACCUAUUAACAAUGUUGGUGGAUUUAUAAUUUAUAAGCAAAAAGGUACUAGAAGUGAUGGGUCUGUGGUGGUUGUGCCAACGAUACAUGAUUUAUUAGCAGUAGCAUCUCAAAAGGCAGCAAGUAUGAUUGUCUGUUUGCCAUAUAAUUUACAGAAUUUACCACAGCAGUUGUUGCCAAAUUUUGAAAAUUUUAAAAAAUUAAUUCUAUGGUUUGGAAAUGAUGAACCUAGCUGGUAUACAGCCAGACAAUUUGCUAAAAAAUUAAAUGAGAAGAGAUGUUACUUUGUGAGACCAAUUGACACGCAACCUAGACCAAAACUAGCUGCUGACAGAGGCUAUGAUCUUAAAAGUAUUUUGAUGAAUGCACAACCAAUCUGGCACAAAAGUAUUACUAUCUUUGACGAUUUGAGGCAAGAUGUGUUAUGUGAUUUACAAAAUAUAGAUAGAGUUCAAGGUGUAAAGUGGAAGAGAUAUCCUGCUCUAAAUCGAAUUUUAAAAGGACACAGAAGAGGAGAGUUAACGAUCCUAACUGGUCCAACUGGCAGUGGCAAAACUACAUUCAUGAGCGAAUAUUCACUGGAUUUAGCAAUGCAAGGUGUCAAUACAUUAUGGGGUAGUUUUGAAAUUAGAAAUGCUCGACUAGCUAGAACUAUGCUACAACAAAUGGCAGAGGUGUCUUUGGAAGAAAACUUGGAUAAAUUCAACUCAUAUGCAGAUGCUUUCAACAAAUUACCAAUUUACUUUAUGACUUUUCAUGGUCAGCAGAACAUCAAAGUUGUUAUGGAUGCAGUUGAACAUGCAACGUACGUGCAUGACAUAGCUCAUGUGAUAAUCGAUAAUGUGCAGUUUAUGAUGGGUAUGUCGGAAGACAUAACCAGUGACAGAUUUUGGAAACAGGAUAAGAUCAUAGCAGAGUUUAGAAAUUUUGCUACUAAGCAUAAUUGCCACGUUACUUUGGUUAUACAUCCAAGAAAGGAACGAAAUGAAGAAUUGACAACUUUGUCUAUUUUUGGCAGUGCCAAAGCGAGUCAAGAAGCUGAUAAUGUAUUAAUUAUACAAGAUAAAAGACUUACUAGCAUAAAAGGAAAGAAAUAUUUGCAGGUUGCAAAAAAUAGAUAUAGCGGAGAUUUGGGUAUAAUGAUCCUAGAAUUUGACAAAACAAAACUUAGUUAUGUUCAAAAGAAAAAAGUAAAAUCAGAAGAAGUAAAUAAAACAACAGAAACCCAUAUUUCUUUGAUAAAAAAUUGAAUUUAAACUAUAGUCAAAAUAUGGCCAAAGUGAAGAAGAUAUGCUAAUCUAAUUGAUGUAUAUUUCAAUAGUAAGUAUAGAUGUGUAUAUAUUUCUGAUGUAUUUUUUCUAUGAAAAUUUUGUAAGAAACAAGGAAAGAGAAUUUAUAUAUAUAUAUAU